UUCUCCUAAUCUUUUCUGUGAAUGUGUGCGAAAAUGGCUCUUUAUAUAGUUUAGUUCAUUGUGUUUGCCUUCUCAAUAAACACGCACACAAAGAGAAUUCGAAAUAUUCUUUUGGGGGGACAAGUUACACGUGUACAUUGGAAGUAAAAGUGUAGGUAAACAUGGCUGGACUCUGAUGAGUCACACUGGGGCAGCUUAAAGAACUGUCAUUUAGUUCUGUUAUGCUCGCUUAUCUAGUCUUACAAGUUUUGCAGCUCGUUGAAAACGUUGAGAAAAUAAAUUUAUCUACAAAGGAAAAAAUUGUCAAAAUUGUAUUGUCAAAAGAUUUUUUGAAUGAUUUAAAGAAUUUCUCUGAAAAAAAAAUUAAAAUAGUAAAACAAUGGAACAAGAAGAUAACCAUCCCAAGUGGUUGCAAGAGUUAGAAAAUCGAAAAAGAAAGCCGCGCUUGGCCCACGAGGCAGGUGCAGGUUCACCUUGUUUAAUUUGCACAUCAGCAUGUCCUGGGCUGGAUCUUCAUUUUUGGCGGAAAAUUUGCAAAAAUUGCAAAUGCGAUCGUGACGAUCACGAUAUUGUGAAUGACAAUGAAUUUCCUCAAUUCGAUCUUCUCUUCGGUCCAUCAACAAAGUCGAAGAAUCGUUCAUUUUUUCUUCGCGUUAAAAAACAUAAUCAAGACGAAACUCCCUUCGAAUGGAUUCCACCAAAUACUUCAAAAGAACUUGCCGCUGAUUACAUGAAGGCUCUUCCUGAUGACAAAGUGCCAAUCAAAGGAUCUGCCGGUGCUGCUUUUAGAAGACAACAACUUCAAAAACAAUUGCCAUUACACGAUAUUGAUCAUCAGGCUUGCGAUCAAUUGAGUGAACAAGAAACGACACAAUUCCAGGAGUAUUUACAGAAUUUGAAGAAUUACGUUGGUCAAGGAAAAGUUAUAAAGUCCUUGGGUGCACGACCAUUUAAUAAAUCACUAAUGACUCCAGCAAAUGCCACAGAUGUUGAACAAUUCAGUCCUCAACAUAAAACGGGAAUUUCUUACGGACCAGUUGUAAAUCUCCGAACUCCAAGCAGUUUUAUUAGUAAAAAUCAAAUUCAAUCUCCGUUUUCUUCCACCACAGAACCUCCACCACUUCCAAUAUCUCAACCAUCAAAUUUUCCAAUUAAUUCUUUAUCAUUAAAUUUACAAUCCAUAGGAAGUUCAAAUGAACAAGUUCCAUUAUCACAAACAUCAAAUAUUUUCAAUAAUUCUAUACCUUCAAAUCUCGAAUGUGUUAGAACACAAGUUUUAGAAAGUUCAUUUGAAAAUUCACCCCAAGGACGUUAUCAUCAUGCAUUAAUUAAUAUUGCCAGUGAUUCAACAUUCACGAAAUCAGAACAAAUCGAUAAUUUCAAUAAUCCACAGAAAUCUCAAAUAUUUUCUCCGCUUUCGAAAAGAAGAGAUUCCGGAACAAAUACGAGAGCUCACCUUGAAGCAACUGGUAAAAUCGAUUCUUACGUGAUAAAAUCCGAUGAACUUUGUCAAGAUCUUGCUGAAAGAAUGUUGUCUGAAGCACUUUUACCGCCAAGUGCCAUACACGCUAAUGAUAUAAUUGGAAGUACUCUUGAUGAAAAAGGACUGAUGUAUAUAAGAGAAAAAUUGAACUCGAUGAAUAGUAAUAAAGAAGAUAUUGAACAGCAAGGUCCAUUUAAAGCCCGAGAACUUGAUGUAUGUCAGAAAAUGGAAAAUCCUGAUAAAGAAAUCAAAAAAUUGAAUAACUCGAGACAUGAAUUUUCCACGUGUAAAAGCGACUUUUUGGCACAAACUCGGAAUCCACAAAUCUCUGGAUUUCCAAGUCAGGGAAAACUUUCAGGUUCUGUUUCUGAUGAAUUAAAAGAAUCCUUAACGAAUUCUCGAAAGUCCUUUAGUAACAAUCAAGAUUUGCCGUCCGCAUUAUCUACAAAUCACAUUUCUCGAAAUGUAAAUUCAUCAUUAGCAAAUUCUUUCCCUGUGGCAAACACAAAAUCUUUGGAGGCAGAAUUAAACAGUUACGGCUGUGUACCUUUGAGUGUAAUUAAUUCAGAGCAAUUAUAUAAUCCAAUUUUUCCUGAAGAAGCUGUAGGCGGAACUUCACUGAACCCUUCAGCUGUUAAUGAAUUAGUAGAAGAAUUGGAAAAUUCUAGUAUUAUUCAGACAAAACAAAAUUGUUACAAAUGUCAUGAAGAAGUAAAUGUCGGCGAUGUUGUUGUUACAGCGGAAAAAGCAGAAAAUGAAGUCUGGCAUCCUGGCUGUUUUAUUUGUACAGUUUGCAAUGAAUUGCUUGCAGAUUUAGUCUAUUUUUUCUACAAAGGUCAACUUUAUUGUGCCAGAGAUCUCGCGACUCAUUUAAACAUUCAACGAUGCUUUGCCUGUGAUGAGUUAAUAUUCACGUCGAUGUACACGAUUGCCGAAGGUCACACUUACCACGUGAAACAUUUUUGUUGUUGGGAUUGUGACGAGCCAUUGGCAGGAAAACAGUACACAUCAGAAAAUGAUCGUCCAUUGUGUCUUCCAUGCUAUCAGAAAGUGUACGCGAAAAUUUGCGGCGCUUGCAAUUUAGCAAUUGCCGCUGAUCAACAGGGUGUGGCUAUUAAAAAUUUAGAUUUUCACGUUGACGAGAAAUGUUUCUGUUGUUUCAUAUGCAAAAAAAGUUUACUUAACGGUAAGAUUGGAAUAAAAGAAAAUAAACCAUUUUGCAGUAAAGAAUGUAUUACACAGUUUCAAAAUCAAAUCUUAGAAAUGUAAACGAAAAAUUUUUUUCCAUUAAAUACAUAAAGAAAUAUAAUUACUAAUUAGUAAUUUUACAUAAAUUGUUGGUUACAAUAUUACUCUAAGGAAAAUUAUAAUUUCUUACGUUUUUUUAAUAAAAAUUAAAAAUAAAUUCGUA